AUGGAUAAUGAUGCUGCGAAGAAACAAUUGGAGUUUCUCAAGGGCGGAUUCAAGUUACUAUGCCAAUCCGGAGGUGCAAUUUUUGGAGAUGCUGACUUCGAUGGAGGAAACCUUGAAGCGAGUGGUUUGCGCACUCAAUUUCUUGGUGGUGACUAUAGUGAGAAAGACAAGUUGGCGUGUGUUUCUGGUUUUUUUGGUGGCCAAGCAAAAUUUUGGUUCCACAAGGAACUAUCGUGGAUUCCGUUCAAUAGUUGGAGCCAGGUGAAGGAUGGUUUAUUGUUAACGUUUGGAAACAAUCGGGACAAAAAGCGAGUACUUGUGGAACUCGAUCUGGAAAUGAAGCAUUGGAUCAAAGAUUUUGAUCGCAAGAGGGAGCCACAUAAAUUUCUUGAAUCAUAA